GAACUAGACGUCAUCGGUGACGGCCGCGUGACUUGAUUCCAACUCGUCUGAUGGAUCGUGAGAUUGUUGGGGAUUGAUAGGAAUAGGAAGUUUGUCUGAAGCUAGUGUGUAGAUUUUGGGUGCCACGGUACGCCCUUGAGCCGUGUGUAAACGCGAAAAGCUGUAAGGGGGACAUUUCGCUAGGUCAGCAGGACGACGAAUCGGCAGUGGCAAAAGUUCGACAGGUCGAUGGCAGCGAUGACAACAUCGUCAACUGCGGCAUCAAUGAAGAGAUUGUGGUUGUUUUCGUACGGUUGAACCCCACCCCUCAGAAGCACUGUAGCAGGCAGGAAGAGUAUCGAUGGAAAAUUAAACUUUGAAAAGUCGAUACCGGGUAGUGGAAGUUGACUUGCGGUUAGUUAAAAUCAGUUCAACUCAGUGACAUGGCUCGGUGGAAAGCUUCCGAGUUGGCAAAGUGACAGAUGCGGGAUUGAAGAGAUAGAAGGACGGGAUCGGGUUCGGGAGGAUAUCGAAUUAAAAUUUAAAAUCCAAUUCAGUAGAAUCGAAGAGCUGCGGCAGAGUUUGAUUUAUUGUCAGCAGGCUUCUCCACGGUGACAGUUUGAGUGAAAGGUUUUCUGGUCGGUCCGUUUUGGGAAGGGUGGGGCGGUAGCAACUCAGGCUGAAGCAAAAAGAACGUGUAUGAAGUGCUCUCGAUUGGCAAGAGAAGUGUAUUCGGCAAGGAUCCCAUACGUUCGCGUGAAGUUUAUGCAAGUCAAUUCGAUUUAGAGAAGCAGCAUGCUUUCCUGCCACCGCUGUCGAAGCGAAUGAAGAGAAAUAAGCAAGAUAUCGACAGCUCCCUGAGUGGAAGUGCGGAGAGUGCAAUUUCUUCGAAUGAUAUUGAUAUUCAAAUCAAUAUGUCAUCUCAGAAGCAAUUUAUUGCGAAGAUGGUGCAAUUUAUUGCGCUGAUAAAAGAAUAAAAGUCAGUACUUUUUCCUUCGCCUCGAACGAUCUCGGAUAUUGCGCUCGUUCAUCUGGAAAGAAAAAGAUACAUUGUUUCAUGCCGCGGUGGAUAAACAGAAGCAACAGUGCUGUCAAAACGUGCACCAAGAAGCUCAUAACCGGCUGAGCUGAUAACAGAAACACAAAUCAAGAAGAUGAAAUACGCUCGUAAAUAAAGACUCGUAAAGGGAAUUCCCCACUCCUUGGCGCUCAUCAUUUAUCGGAGGUUAUCUGUGUGUGCUUUCUUCGUCCUAGCCAAAAUCUCGUGUGUUAGUGCUCUCUAGUGAAUAAGUAAAUGUCAAUUGUGUCCCAUUUCCAUCCGUGUUUCUCAUCCUAAAAUAUAUAUAAAAAGAAGAUUAAUUUGGGUGAUUUUCCGUGAAAUUAAAUCCCAAAUACCAACAUCAAGCAGUGUUAACCAGCGGAAGAAAAAUUACCGUGUUUCGUGAGAGAAAAAAAAUAUUACCGAGUGCUUUUCAUUGUUAGACACCCAUCAAGGGAGAGCGACGUGUAAAAUUUUGAACGAUGGAAUUAAUCACGGCGACAAAGCAGACGCGUCAGCUGCUAACAUCUCGCUGUCACCGUCGUCAGCGUCUUCGGUGGCGCGGAUUGGAGGUGACCGUGGUUUGGUCGAUGCUGAUGCUGCUUACAAUCGUUAGUCGUACAACUGCACAAACAUCACCGCAAACGGAGAAAAUUCCACUGGGUGCCAUCUUCGAGCAGGGCACGGACGAAAUCCAGUCCGCCUUCAAAUUCGCCAUGCUGAACCACAACCUGAACGUUUCGGCACGACGCUUCGAGCUGCAGGCCUAUGUUGACGUAAUUAACACGGCGGAUGCGUUCAAAUUAUCACGGCUCAUAUGUAAUCAAUUUUCCCGCGGCGUAUUCGCCAUGCUCGGUGCCGUCUCGCCGGAUUCGUUCGACACGCUGCACUCGUACAGCAACACGUUCCAGAUGCCGUUCGUCACGCCCUGGUUCCCGGAAAAGGUCCUGACGCCGUCGUCGGGCUUUCUGGACUUUGCCAUCAGCAUGCGGCCCGACUACUACCAGGCCAUCAUCGACACCGUGCGCUACUACGGCUGGGAUCGGAUCAUCUACAUGUACGAUUCGCACGACGGUCUGCUGCGGUUGCAGCAAAUCUACCAAGGCCUCCGGCCCGGCAACGAAACGUUCCACGUGGAAACGGUGAAGCGAAUAGCAAACGUCAGCGAUGCCAUCGAGUUCCUGCGGACCAUCGAGGAGCUGAAUCGGUGGUCCCGGAAGCACAUCGUACUGGACUGCAGCACCGAACUGGCCAAGGACAUCGUCGUCAGCCACGUGCGGGACAUUACGCUCGGGAAGCGCACCUAUCACUACCUGCUGAGCGGUCUGGUGAUGGACGACCGCUGGGAGAGCGAAGUGAUCGAGUACGGUGCCAUCAAUAUUACCGGCUUCCGGAUCGUGGACACCAGCCGAAUGUACGUGAAGGAAUUCCUGGACGGUUGGAAGCGACUGGACCCGCAAACAUCUCAGGGAGCCGGCAAGGAGCUCAUUUCCGCUCAGGCCGCUCUAAUGUACGAUGCGGUUUACGUGCUGGUGGAAGCUUUCUCGAAAAUCGUUCGCAAAAAGCCGGACCAAUUUCGGGCCUACACGAUGCGCACCAGCCGGGGCCAAUUCAACGUGCCUCCGAAUGGGACCCGGCCGAUUGAUUGCAACGCUUCCGGCCGGGGGGUGCAGCCGUGGGAGCAUGGAGAUAAAAUUUCCCGGUAUCUGCGAAAGGUGGAAAUUUCCGGCCUUACGGGAGACAUAAGAUUUAAUGAAGAUGGCAAACGCCAGAACUACACGCUGCAUGUGGUCGAGAUGACGGUGAACAGCGCCAUGGUGAAGGUGGCCGAGUGGUCCGACGAGGGCGGCCUGUCUCCGGUAGUGGCCAAGUACACCCGGCUGAAAACGGACAUGAACUACGAGCGGAACAAGACCUACAUCGUAACGACCAUCAUCGAGGAACCGUAUGUUAUGCUCCGGCAGCCGGAACCGGGCGAAACGCUGGAGGGCAACGAUCGUUUCGAGGGCUACUGCAAGGAUCUGGCUGAUUUAGUGGCGAAAAAACUUGGCAUCAACUAUGAGCUACGCAUCGUCAAGGAUGGCCAGUACGGCGCCGAGAAUCCGGACGUGAAAGGCGGCUGGGACGGCAUGGUAGGAGAACUGGUCCGCAAGGAGGCCGACAUUGCAAUCGCAUCGAUGACAAUUACCUCGGAGCGGGAACGCGUUAUCGACUUCAGUAAGCCGUUUAUGUCACUGGGAAUUUCCAUUAUGAUCAAGCGCCCGGUCAAGCAGAAGCCCGGCGUGUUUAGCUUUCUCAAUCCAUUGUCGAAAGAGAUUUGGAUAUGUGUCCUGUUCAGCUACGUUGGCGUCAGCAUCGUCCUGUACAUCGUGUCUCGCUUUUCACCGUUCGAGUGGCGGCUAGUUAAUUAUAACGACAAAGGAAACGCGUUUGGCAUACUUGCAGGCGAUCAGCCGGACGCCGUCCCGCAGGCCACGGUCAACGAAUUCAGCAUACUGAACUCGUUCUGGUUCGCGCUGGGAGCGUUCAUGCAGCAGGGCUGUGACAUCUCGCCGCGGUCCAUCUCGGGCCGAAUCGUGGGCUCGGUCUGGUGGUUCUUUACGCUCAUUCUCAUCUCGUCGUACACUGCCAACCUGGCGGCGUUCCUGACCGUCGAACGGAUGGUCACGCCCAUCAACUCCCCCGAGGACCUGGCCUCGCAGACCGAAGUGCAGUACGGCACCCUCAUACACGGCUCCACGUGGGAUUUCUUCCGGAAAUCGCAAAUCUCCCUGUACAGCCGCAUGUGGGAGUACAUGAACUCACGGAAGCACGUAUUCGUCAAGACGUACGACGAGGGAAUUCGCCGGGUGCGAACGUCCAAGGGCAAGUACGCACUGCUAAUCGAGUCGCCCAAGAAUGACUACACGAACGAGCGGGAACCGUGCGACACGAUGAAGGUCGGCCGCAAUCUGGACGCCAAAGGGUUCGGCAUCGCCACUCCGCUGGGGUCGCCACUGAGAGAUCCAAUCAAUCUGGCAGUGCUCUCCCUCAAAGAAAACGGAGAACUCACCAAGCUAGUAAACAAGUGGUGGUACGAUAGAACGGAGUGCAAGCACACUGACAAGCAGGACGCAUCCCGGAAUGAACUCUCGUUGAGUAAUGUCGCCGGCAUAUUCUACAUACUCAUAGGAGGUCUCCUCGUGGCGUUAGCUGUUGCCCUAGUGGAAUUCUGCACGAAAAGUUCCAACAGACCUUCAAAUCGCAUUCCCCUCUCCGAUACGAUGAGUUCGAACUCGAACUCCAAGAACCGAUUGACAAUGCCCCCAACUACACGGGACUACGAUAAUGGACGAAUCGGGUACUACACCCCGUCGACGCACUCCGAGCCCGAUCCGAUCCAUGCCAACUCGCACACGCAGGUUUGAUGUAAGGAGCCGCCGGAAUUGCGCCUUUGACGCCCACCGUACGCUCCCACCAUUCGACAGAUCGUGGCCAACAGUCAACAUGACACGGCCACAUUGUUGAAACAGCGGCAGCUUGUCGCUGGACCGGGAGCUCAUCCAGGCAGCGUAGUGGGACCUGGCCCUGGCGGUGGCAGCGUGGUGCACGAUAAUUCCGGCUUGUAAAGCAUCCAAUCCUGUUCCAUGAAAGACAUCUGAAACAGCGAGGACAUCUUACGCUAUGUCUAAUAGCGGUUAUUAUGCUAUUUUCUUUCACAAGCAGUUAUUCUUGAUUAUAAGAAACAAACUAGUGAAAAUCGCAAACUGUUAUACCUUGGAUAUAUUGAGUAAUUGCAAAUAGAAGCUUAUACGGUAGAAGAAUUAUGGCUUGUUACAACAAAACAGAUGAAGUAUUCAUUGUUUUCCACGUAAAAUCCUCUAUGGGCAACUACUUCAAAACACGAUUUGUCAACAAAUCUAAGAUUACAUAGUUUGCGGUUUUCACUAGCACGUUUCUUAUGAUCAAGAGCAACAUCCUGUGAAAUAAAAUCUGAGAUGCAUAAAAGUUGCAUAAUAACCCCCUUUGGACAAAGUGUGCACAUGUCACCAGUGUCGACGAAUCAGAAUUCAACCUACCUACCCUAAGCAGCAGUCAUCAAAUUGAUACGGAUUCUAGGUCGUAAUUGUAAGAAAAUGAUGUACAUAGAUUAGUUUUUGUUAUGAAAUGUAAAAUUCAAAAGCGCUAGGUAAUCAAAUUAUUAAAAUAAAUCUAAUCAAAAUUCGAACGAUUCCGCCAGUGUUCAGCGCAAUCGAAGUCGAAGUAAACAAAGACACAAAUGAACUGACGAUUAAAAUAAAUUAAGCCAAAACUCUCUGUUAUUCGUUUAUUGGAUUGACAAAGUAAAUAAUUCAAUCGAACACUAAACAUUUAAAAUGAAUAAAAAUAACAAAAUCAAGAGUAAACUACUUCACAAACACACAGAUACAAAAAACACUCAUAAAAUGUAAAAUGUAAGCAACAAUAGUUUUACCUUCCAAAAACAAGUCGUUAAUAGAGAAAUCCUACAGCCAGAAGACAAAACUACCUAUUCAUCUUGUGAAAUUGAGGAGCGAAUCGCAGAUUAUCAUUCGACAACAUGUGUAAAACUAGUUUUGGGUAAUGCCCGAAGGUCAUCCAAGUUCCUCAUCAGCGAAAACUAAACCAUCUAUCUUCAUUCACCUCACGCAAAAUUCUAUCACGUACUUCUGAAUGCAUACAAAACUGAUGUAUGCGAGGGCAAAUCGAUUCAUGGUUUAAUUUCGAUUCAUGGAAGAUUUGUAAACUGCAAGUUGAGUGGAUGUUCGACUGUAUCGAAAAUAUUGUAAAUGGGCUACAAAAGCUCGACUAACAAAACAAUCACGAAAAAUGAACCGUGAUAAAAUAAGGUUGAAUAAAUAAAACAAAUAAAAGAAUUGGCAAAAUAAAAAAAAAAAACGAUCGGUGAAAGAAGAUAUCAAUGAAAAUCAAACUGAUGUGUUGAAUAACCCGUAAAAUAAGUAAUUAAGAACAAAACAAAAUGGCGCAUGAACAAACACACAGCCAGUGGACAGUUGUUUUACCCCGUUUCAGUUUGUACAGCAAUUACUAUGACACUGUUUUUGUUGAAGAAAAUGUUUUUUGAAAUAAAAUCGAGAUCUAGAAACUUUUA